AACCUUUUCUCGUUCUACUUUACGUGUUUUCCAAUUAUCCCCAAAUUAAACAAGAAACGAAAUCCCUUCAAAUUCUCUACUGAUUCUUCCAUUUUGCCCUAAAUAAACUUCCCCAGAAACCCAGUUUCCAUUUCCUUUUCACGCUUACAUAACCACAGUUAUCUAUCCCACUAACGACAAAUGAUCGUAUCUCGCUGAAAACGCAGCAAAAAAACUGAAAAAGAACAAUGGGAUCUUCAAUCCUAAAGGUUCGAUGUUAUUUCUGAACAAAUAUCAAAAUCUUGUUGAUUUAGAAAAAAAAAAAAGAAAAAAAAAGAAACCUAAGAUUGGUGUGUUGGGUUCAUUUUCCACUAAAUAUUUUGGUGUUCUAUGUUUAGGAUUCGAAUGCCUCAGUUCGAUAUUUUAUGUUCACUGAUUAUUAUGUAAUGCUACAUUUACGAGACCAUCUAUUUGAGUAUACAAUCGGUUAAGAAGAGAAAGGUGUAUUAGAUUCUGUCGUUGAUUUAGUGGAAUGACGAGAGAAAGGAGAUACGUUUUGGACAGUCGAGUUCGAUCGCCAUCGCCUCAGCGUCGAACACUGAGGUGUCGGGAUUUUUCACCGUCCCGGCGCCAGGAGUAUUCAUCCUAUCAACGUAACGUUGAUGAUUUGCAUGCCACAGAUGGUAUGCAGUAUACCGAGAGGUCUAGGAGAACGGAAAGGAGGGAUCAUUUGGAUAGAGAUCUCGAUUUGCUGUCUGUGAGAGUCUCAGAUUAUCAUGAUAGAGAUAGAGAGAGGGAUAGAGAGAGUGAUAGCUAUAGGUACAAGGAUGGUGUUGGACAUUCUCGGAGAUUGUAUGGAGAGGACUCAUUGAUUGGGGACUCUGCUUCGAUGAAGUUUCGGCAGAAUUAUGGUUUAGAUAAUCCUCGAAACUCUGAUGGCUUCAAUGUGAAAGAUAAUGUGAAUGACUACCGGGGUGUUAGCGAUACUAAUGUCACAAGAGUGAAUGAUGAGAAAGAUUAUUAUCCAGGGAAUCAAUAUUUGGAUAAGGGUCAAUCUAGAUUGCCUGCAGAGUUUCGCUAUUUGGGUGGUAGCAAGCCUAGUCCCCUGGAAACUGAGAGGACACAGAGCAGGUACACUGAUUCAUAUGCUUUGGAUAGUGUUGGUGUCGAUGGUCUACCUAAAAGUUUAGGUGGUUAUGACAUUAGUGCUCGUCCAGCGCCAUCUUCAGAAUUGCAAUAUUUGAUUAGCGAUACUCAUGAUGGCGGUGACCUUAAUUCUGUAGAUGAGCUUCAUUUGGCGAAAAAAGGUGGAGACAUUCACUCUAGGGACAGCUGUCAUUUGAGUAAAAAAGAUGGACAUUUUCGUCCUGAAGAUGAGCUUAUUAAUCUGGAUGAGUACGUUAGACCAAUUGAUAGAGAAAUGUACAAGUACAACAGGGAAGAUAACCUCCUAUCUUUAAGACGCUAUUUAUCAGGUGAUUUUGACCAUACAAUGUCAUCAACUCGGCCCAAGGAUUAUGCCAAGGGGUCAUCUGGUUUCUCGUCUAGGGAAGACCUAUAUGUGCCAUUGCCAUCAGAUGGUACAAGAAUGAGGACUGGAAUGACUUCUGAGACUAUUGGUUGUGAUGGGGGUUCUGGUGAAAAAUCACAAAAUAGGUCUCCCAUGACUUCUCAAGAUAUCACGAGUUACUCAAAAUCAUAUUUUGGCUCACUAGAGAGACAUGGAGCUCAUAUUUAUCCAGCAUUUGGUAGAAGCCACACCGACUCGUCGAGUACAAGGUCCAGUGGAUUACCAUAUGGAAAAACAACAAUGGAUGUUAAAGAAUACAGAAGCCAGGAUACUUCAAGAACUGACUUUAUGUAUCCCGUAGAUGUAAUUGAUGAAUCGUCUAGAAGACGUUUAGGAGAUGAUGAACUUUGGAAUCAUCAUACUUCUUCACGAGGAGAGUUGACCCAUAAUUAUUCUGAUGCACGUGGAUUCUUGUAUGCAAGAGAACAAGAUGACAAAGUAUCAGGUUGCGGUAGUAUGCUCCUGAGUUACGAUAGGGAAUUAUAUCACAACUAUAGAAGCAUUGAACCACGAGAGAUUCAUAGUAAUGAGAUGGAUGGUGGCCCAUGGAGUCAUGAAGAAAGAUCAGACGUGUUGCAACCGAAAGAAUAUGACCCUGACCGAGUUGAUAAUAGCUUUCACAAGAGGUUGGCUGCAAGAGAUUUGAGUUCAGUUAAAGCAUCUGAGAGGAAGCUCAAGGGAAAGCAUGUUAUGGGUGAGAAAUUGCACAAGCAUGAUGUCAGUAGGAAGAGUAUUCGCAAGAGUUACCAUCAAUGGCGUGGAGGAGAGGAUGUGAAUCCUGUAAGUUUGUCAGAUAAAUUCAAAUCAAGAAAAUAUGAUUUUGUGAAUACAAGUGAAUCAAGUGAGGUGGCCAAUUAUCAGUCAUCCUGGGAAAAAUUUGUAGCAAAUCACUCGAACAAUCACCAUGUGUCUGGUACCAGAGACAUAAAGAAGCGGUUGGGACCACGUCCUCAAAAGCUUCAUGUUUCUCAGCGGAUGGUAAAGAAAUAUAAACCUUCAUUGGAGAAGAGGUUGGGACCUCCUCCAAAGAUUCAUGAUAGACUCCCAUGGCUGAAAAAGGUAAGUUCCAAAAAAUUUCCAAGAGUCCAAGAUGAUUCAGAUGGAAAUCCUGAUGAUGUGGUGGGCGACCACUUUGAAGAUAAUGUUCGUCUUGAAAAGCCUGAACCACCUGAAAAGUCCGAUGAGUUCAAGCAGUUGGUGCAGAGUGCUUUUUUCAAGUUUCUCAAACAAACGAGUGAAACGCCAAAAAAAAUGAAGACAUACACGGAACAAGUAAAAACUUAUAGUUUAAACUGCCUCGUCUGUGGAAGCAAAUCAGACACGUUUGCGGACACAGAAAGUUUGGCAAUGCAUGCCUUCACAUCCACCAAGGUUGGCCUCAGGACGCAACACUUGGGAUUGCACAAAGCACUUUGCGUACUGAUGGGAUGGAAAAGUGCAGAGGAUUUUAAUAGUCAGUGGCUUUCUGAGGUCAUGUCUGAUGCUGAAACUUCAUCCAUUAAAGAAGACCUCAUUAUCUGGCCACCACUUGUGAUCAUUCAUAACAGUACUAUAGGAAAAAAAUAUCCUGAUGAGCAGGUUAUUCUAUCCACUGAAGCUCUAGAGUCCAAGCUCAAAGACAUGGGAUUUGGGAACAUUAGUAAGGUCUGCAUCGGUAAACCUGCAAAUCAAAGUGUAAUGUUGGCAAUAUUCAAUGGCACACUUUCUGGGUUACAAGAGGCAGAGAGAUUGCAUAAAAAUUAUCUCGAGACUAAGCAUGGGAGGAUUGAAUUCAUUCAAGUUAUGUCCAGUGAGAAAGGAAGUUGUAGUGAAGAAACACAAACAGUAACUGCAGAGAAGGAAGAAAACUUCUUGUACUUUUACCUGGGACUUUUAGAGGAUCUUGGUAAACUUGACUUCAUCACCAAGAAACGAUGUGUGGUGAGGAGCAAGAGGGAGAUUCAGUCCAUCGCAGAUGCACCUUUAAAUACUAAAGGAGAGCAUAGAUGAUCAUAGGAUGUAUUGCUGAUAAAGUACUGAUGGUGUGUUUCAAAUAUGUGAUGGUUAGUUUUUGCUUCUGUCCAGUCACUCACUGAAACUUCUUGUUUUUGGCUUCACCUACACCAGUUGAUUUGGGAUCAGAACAGUAACUGGAUUUUGUUUUCUUUUGGAUCCCAAUUCCAAGUUUAUCACUUGCACUUUUCUCGCUAGGAAAUGAGAGUAGAUUCUAUGUAUUUUUAUACUGGAAUUUUCUUUAUUCCAUACUGAUGCUUAACACAAACGAAAUCUUGUA